UUAUCUGAAAUGAUAAAAAAUAGAGACGAUUGGAAAAAACAAUCUGAAGAAUGGAAAGCAAGUUCUGAAAAAUGGGAAAAACAUGCUAAUGAGAUAGAAGAACAAUUAAAAGAAUGCGAAAAACAUAAAAAAGAAGUAGAAAAUAAAAUUAACAAAAUUAUAACAACUCAUCUCAACAUAAAUAUAACUGAAGCUGAAAAAUUAACUACUAUUGGAAAAUUAGAUACAAUCCUAAACACCAUAAAACAAGAAGUAAAAGAAUGUUUAAGAUUGCUUGGAAUCCCUUUUCAAACCGGUGAUAGUUUGAUGUCUAUGCUUAAAAAAUUAGUAAAAGCUUGUAAAGAAAUUGAAAUAACCGGUCCUGUUCAAGAGAUGUUAUUAAGAUGUCUAAAAAUGUUGGAUCCUAAAACUAAAAUAAAUGAUCCUAAAUCGUUUAAUAGAAAAUUAGGAUAUGGAAGUAUAGAUGCUUUGGUGAAAGCUUGUUAUGAAAACAACGCAGGUUACAAUAGGUGGAGUAACCCUAAAUAUGAUGAGACUUUUCUUUACAAAUUACACUAUUGUUAUUGGCUUUUAAACGAUGAUUCAAAAGAACAAGAAGAAGAAAAUAAAAAAAUUAAAGCAGAAAAUGAAGAAAAUACAAAAGAAAAUCUGAGUUACGAAGAAACUUUAAAAACCCUUAACUCAAAUAUUAAUACUACUAUAA